AUGGCAGAAGUAGAUCGUACAGGAAAUAUAAUUUGCAAGCUAUCGUGUAUAGACAGUUUGGAAUCAAUCACAUACACGUGUUGACAUGUGCAUUUGAGUAGUAUAUACAAAUUUGAAAUUUAUUAAAGAUGUCGGAAGAAAUGGAUCAUGAAACAAUGAAUGAUACUGAAGAUGAAAGUAUGGAUAAUAGUAGCGAGGAUGCGGAAAGUGAAAAAAUUAUAGAAAAUGAAGAUGAGGAUCAGAAGGAUAAUAAAGUAGAAUCAAAAGUGUAUUUACCUGGACAACCUUUAGAUCCAGAGGAGGAACUUAUUGUCGAUAAAUCUACGUAUCGUAUGUUGCAUCAUGCACAAUCUGGUGCACCGUGUCUUAGCUUUGACAUAAUAUUAGAUGAUCUUGGUAGCGAUAGAGAAACUUAUCCCCUUAGCAUGUACCUUGUUGCUGGUACUCAAGCUGCAAAGGCACAUGUAAAUAAUCUUCUUGUUAUGAAAGUGACAAAUUUGCAUGGGAUAAAAGAUAUAGAUUCAGAAGACGAAUCAAGUGAUUCUGAAGAUGAAAACGAUGAACGAAUUCCAAUUAUGACAGUUGCUCCAAUUAAACAUCAAGGAUGUGUUAAUAGAAUAAGGUGUACACAAAUAGAGCAUACAACAUUAGCAGCAAGUUGGAGUGAAUUAGGUCGAGUAAACCUUUGGAAUUUGAAUGAACAAUUGAAAGCAGUUGAUAAUACUGAAUCACUGCUUUCAUAUCGUAAAAAAUGUGAGAGAUCUGAUGGUGGUGUAAAAUCAUUGUUUACUUUUAAUGGACAUCUUACCGAAGGAUAUGGUCUUGAUUGGUGUCCUACAGAAAAAGGCACAUUAGCUUCUGGCGACUGUAAGGGUAAUAUACACAUAUGGCGCAUCAGUGGAAGUGAUACUAGUGGAACUUGGCAAGUCGAUCAAAGGCCUUAUAAUUCACAUGCACCGUAUAGUGUAGAAGAUAUUCAAUGGUCUCCUAAUGAAAGAAAUGUUUUGGCUUCUUGUUCAGUUGAUAAAAGUAUAAAGAUAUGGGAUACAAGGGUCAGUCCACAAUCCGCGUGUAUGCUAUCGGUCUCUGGAACACACACUGCAGAUAUUAAUGUCAUUUCUUGGAAUCACAAAGAAAAUCAAUUCCUUGUGUCUGGAGGAGAUGACGGAUUACUUUGUAUAUGGGACUUGAGAGAAUUUAGUCCAAAUGGAUCAACUCCUCUUGCAACUUUUAAACAACAUACCGCACCUGUAACAACUGUAGAGUGGCAUCCUCAAGAAGCUACUGUAUUUGCUUCAGGUGGUGCGGAUGAUCAAAUCGCGCAAUGGGAUCUGUCAGUAGAAGUAGAUCAUUCGGAAGAAUCCAAAGACAAUGAAAUAACAGAUUUGCCUCCACAGUUAUUGUUUAUACAUCAAGGUCAAACAGACAUUAAGGAAUUACAUUGGCAUCCACAGUGUCCUGGUACUAUAAUAUCAACAGCACAUUCUGGAUACAAUAUAUUUCGUACCAUUAGUGUCUAAGGAAUUUAUAAUCUUAAUUAUAUAUUGUCAAAAUAUUCAGAAGAAUAUACUUUUUGUAAUUUC